GAAUGCAAGUGGCUUCGACUUUGAGGAACAACAAUGGCGAGCGAGAAUCGAUAUCGCUUCUUCAAAUUUUGAGGAAAAUGGUUCGUAUUAACUACUGUGGUAACUUUACAACUUUUAGUAUUACCUUGGUUUCUCCAAUAGCAAUUUCUUUAUUGAAAUAAAGGCGCUUCCUUAGGUUACAUAGUCUAUCUUCUUCAAUCAUUCGCCUUCCCUAAAAUGUCACAUACCUCAAAGCCUGAUAAACUUUUCAAUAUUGUUCUUUUGUUGUUGUUUAAAAACAUUUUUUGUUGAUUCUUGGGGCGUUUAAAGGAUCAAUGGUAGUUGCGUUUUUGUACAAGGAUCUGCAUGACCUACUUCUGACAGAUCAAGCCAUAAGGAGUGAAACAGACAACCAAAGGUGACGUUAUUUUCAUAUUACUCCAUGUCGUUUACCUCUAAAAACACAUAACACGGAAACACAUAAGAUCUAAGUUCAACUAAACUGAACUGACACACUUUCCAAAAACCCUAACUAGGGUUGGAAGACUCCCUGCUUGUCUCUGACCAUUCCACCUUCAUGAAAAAUUGGCUAAUUGAAUCUACCAAAAAUAUGUAAUAUUGCUUCCGUGGUUCUGGUCCAUUUUUAAAUACAAUUUCUUCAUAGGUAUAUCAACUCCAGGAUAAUGGCCGUAACUAUGGACCCCAAGCCAGAGAAAUUGCGAGAAAAUGUCAUCCUAAACUUCAAAAACCUAAAGGUAACAUGAAAAUUAGCUGCUAUGCGUUGUUUUGAUUUAUUCUGACAACAUAAAAUCUAUUUUCAGGUCUUGACAGCAGAGAAGCGCUGUAUGUUUUGGAGUAGCCGCAGCAAAAGGUAAAAAAACUACAAUAUAUUAUUGCAUAGUAUUUAUUCCUUCUUAAAUUAAAUUGAGUAUGUAGGACAAUGAAUGAACUUUCUCAGAUGUUUUUGCGCAGAUUAACACUUUCCUGGAAGCCAACAUGUUGUCGUUUUUAGAGAAUGGAAGUCUGAUUGAAAUGUUCUCGCAAAUAUAACUACAGUGGAAGAAAAUCUUAGCGCAAAAUUCUCAAACAUCACCUUUUACCCAAACGAUGAAUAAUUUUUUAACUUUACUCUUUUUUCAUGUGACAGCUUUUCAAACAUCACCUUUUACCCAAACGAUGAAUAAUUUUUUAACUUUACUCUUUUUUCAUGUGUGACAACUUUUCAGAGGAAGGUUGUCAUGUAGUUACAUCAAAAAGUAACUCAGAAGAAACAGUUUGCAGUUGCAAUCAUUUGACGCAUUUUGCCGUCUUACUGGACUACGACGGUAGCACAAAGGUAAUAAAGUUAUUUUUGCCUUACUUAAUAGUUUUAUGGGCUCAAUGAACUAACUCAAUGUUGUCCUUCAAUUUUUCUUUUCUUGACACAGCUCACUGAGGAGGACGAAAGAAUUCUGAAAAUUAUCACCUACGUGGGACUGAGCCUUUCCAUUAUCGGGAUACUUUUAACAUUAAUACUUUAUUCUUGCCUCACGUAAGCAAUGCACUCGAUUAAUAAUGAGGUAGAUUCUUAACUCCCCUCAACAAGGCUGGUGAUAAAAGAGAUCUCAAUGCCAGUCUCCAUGCAAACAAGAACAGUCAUGUCGGAUAAUUCACAAACUCAAGCUACAUUUCAUGCCCCAUCACGAACUUUUGAACAACUAAUGGUUUCACUUUUUAUGAAUUUUUAGGCUUUAGACACAUUUUCUUCGCAAUAUUUUUUUUUUUUGUCCUCUCUGGAGCUGUUUUACUGACUUUCUUCUUUCCUUUUCGCUGUCAAGAUUUAGUUAAUUUUUGCCAUUUUUCCUGUGAUUUGUUUUUGCCAUUUUUUCCUGUGUGUUGUUGCUUUUGUGUCUCAUUCAUUCUUCUUGUUUUUAAUAUUAUUUUACCAGAGAUGUUCGUAAACCUCUCUCUCAAAUUCGACUGAGUGUUUCUAUUUCCCUUGGAGCUGGACAGAUCAUCUUCCUCGCUGGAAUAAACGCCACAGGAAACAAAGUCAGUAGCCUCUCCUUCUAUCCAUAGAAUGAGUUUACUCUUUGCACCGUAAAUAUCUUGUCGAAAGAAGCACGUUAAGAAUUAUACGAAAACUCGUCCUUUCCACAGGCUGCCUGUGUUACAAUAGCAGCUCUGAUGCAGUAUUUCUUUAUGGCCGCUUUCUGUUGGAUGCUGAUCGAGGGAAUUUAUCUCUACUUCUUCGUCGUGAAAGUUUACAACAUUAACACCAAAAUGUACAUGUAUCACGUCAUCUCGUGGGGUAAGUUUAUUAUUUUAAAACAUGCACUGGUAACUGUAACCAUGCUUUCGGAUCGCCAAAUCUGGUGUUUUCAUGCAGUAAAAUGUUUUGAUUUUCUUUCUUUCUUUAUGGGUAGGUCUUCCAGUGAUCAUGGUGGCCAUUUCACUUGGCAUCGCUGCUGGAAAAGAAGGGUUACAAAGCUAUACGAGUGAUAAAUAGUAAGAAAAAAAUUCAAGGGUUUCUUCUUGCUCUUCUCCUUUUAAUUUGUUGCAUUUAAUUCUUUGUUUUGUUUUUGGAUAUAGUUUGAAAUAGGUAUCAUUUUAUUUUCUGACAAUUUGUGUUUCUUUCUUGUGUUUCACUUCCUCGAGUUUAGUUGCUGGCUUUCCUCAACUAACAACCUGAUCUGGAUAUUCGUCGCCUUUGUGGCUUUUAUUGAAGUUGUGAGUUAAUGAUUAGUGUUGGUGAUUGUGAUCGAUUUACCUGGACUAAUUGCUGCUAAAGAUUUUUUCCUCUGCUCUUUAAAACGAAUUAAAUAUUUAUGAUAUGACCCAAGACAAUAUAUAUCAUUUUCUUUUCCCUAUUUACUCACAAAAAGCUUUGAACGUAGCCGCUGUUUGCGGGGAUGCUGGUCAAUUUUAACCUACUGAUGGUCUUCAAUAGCGAGAAAAACCUGUGGAGACAAUGUCCUCAUAGGCAUAAGAUAGCUUCAUAAAUUCUCCAACUUUUACUACACAGUAUGAAAAAAAAACUUCUCCCCCUUCCUUCAACACAAAAAUAACUCAUGAAAAAAAAAAAAAAAUAACAAAAAAAAAAAAAUUAAAAAUGUGAAAGGAGCAGGAAGAGUAGGAUAUAUUUAUGUAAUUUCUAUAAUUUAACAUAAGGCUUUACUUGGCGUGGUUCUUUCAGUUUAGACACUUUUGUGCGCGAUUUCUUUUGCUCAUUGGCAGAGGAUCGAAGCUUCUAAUCUUGGUCCCCUAGUUGGGGGAUCUAUUCCCUGUAAAUUACUCUUCAUCCCACGCUUGUUACCGAAUUAAUAACUUCCUUGGCAAAGAUCCUCCCCUGCUUUGGCUAUUCGACAUCCAUAUCUAAAUAAUCACCUUUUUUUGUAUACUUUAGCUCAACAUUUUGAUACUCCUACGUGUAAUAAGGGAGAUGACCAAUCUGUUGCAGCCAACAGGGGCAGACCACCAUUUUCAGCAAAUACGGUGAGAAUCACAUCAUAAAACUAAAACCAAAUAGUGGAAGACAUUGCCAUGCCCCCCUGUGGAGCUGUAUUUGCCUAGCCCCCUUAUUCCGUAAUCAGUAAGGCAUCACAAUUUUUAACAAUGAAAAUUCAUUGUCAGAGGAAAGUAAAAGAAUGUUUUUUUUCUAACUCCUAGUCUAGGCAUCAAAACAUGCGUGGUGAUGAUUCCCCAGCUGGGUGUCACGUGGCUAUUCGGUCUCCUCUCGCCUGUACAUAAAGCUUUCGCUUACAUCUUCACCAUACUUAACUCUACUCAGGUCAGUAUUCGAUGGUAACUGUAAAAAGACAUUAAUCUCUUUCUGACCAAGUGAGACACCAUUAGGAUGGUCAGAUUACAUUUCUUUGGAAUUUUUAAGACAAAUAGUUGUCAACUAUGCAAGAGAAGGCAGACUUCUUUUACAAUUAAAAGAUGUGAAAUUUUCCUUCCUUCUUGGAAAUCUUAAUAGAUAUUUUACUAAUUUAUUUGCAUAUUGUAGAAAUUAAUGAUCUUGAAAUCAUUUUUAUGCUGCAGGGUUUCCUGACUUUCGCUCUACACUGUAUGCGAAACACUCAGGUAAGAAAAAACAUUGAACUGAUUAUUAACUUUAUAUCAUCAAGUUUUAGUGUUUCAAUAAAUAUUCGAGUGCUAAGAACCAUAUUUCGUGUUGCUCGUCUAUCUGCAGAUCAGAGAGCGAUUCAAAAGAAAGAUGAACAUCGUUUUUCCAUCUUCUAUAAAGGACAACUCCUCAAGGAAGAGCCCACAGGUCAAUCCAAAUGAGUUUGAGAGAAAUGUAUGGGCAAUUUAAUUGCAGUCAUGUGCUGAAUUUGAAUCGAAAUUGUACUUAAGUUAAAUAACUUGAUUAAGCCAAUCGGAAAUAACAACCAAAUACUUAGAACAAUCACUUAGUUAACAGCAAUAAGUCGCUUACGAUCGGUCUGAGUUACGAUCUGCAGGUAAAAAGAGGUCUGUGUCUGCAUUAUUGUUUAAGCAUUCAACUUGAUGUCUUUGUAACCUAUCAUUUUUAUGAUAAUAAGUUUAUUUUCUAGGCGAUCGUAUAUUUGCAGGCAAGAAUCAUCGAAAUAAACCAAUCUAUAAAUUUAAAUUCCUAAUGGCUCCGUAUGCUGAUGACUGCUUUGUUUCACUUACUUAGUUUAUAAACUUCUUAUCAAACACUGUUAUUACUUUUAACUAUAAGCUAUGGAUAGUCACUGAAAUUAUCAGUUUCUAGAAAUUUCUAGAAGACAUAGUCAUGUUGACAUGCACACGAAGGAACUUUCUGCAAAUUUUUAUUAGGUUGCGUAGCUAUGGUGUAACACCACCAAAAUGGUUUUUGUAAGCUUUUGGAAUUAUCUGGAACGCUUUGUACAAAAGGACUCAAUCGUGCAGCAGUAGUAGUUGUUGUUGUCGGGAGUGACUGAUUUUUCAGAGAGUUCUAACGAAAGAGAGCUACUGUGGAAGAUUGUUAAUUUCGAGGAACUUGGGAGACAACUGUGAGAUUGUGUCAGUGGUGAGCUAAGAUGUAAUUUGUAGUGGGCUUAAAUAAGUUUAUUUAGCAUAAAAGUGUACUUCCUUUAAGAGUCGCUCCUUAGUAAGAAUAUUAAAGUUGUUUAAUAGUGUUCUUUCUGUUGGUUAAAUUGUACCGUAACAAAAAAAUACCCAUAGUAGUAGCAGCUAAAGUUGACGUUCAACCGACAUUACACUCAAAAAAAUGCCCAUAGUAGUAGCAGCUAAAGUUGACGUUCACCGACAUUACACUUUCAAAUAAACAAAUAACUUUUAACGACAUCCCCCGUUUAACUCACCGAACCGAUUUCCCGAGACACAGACUACACCUUUUCAUUAUUAUUCUAAUUAUUCUAAUUAUUCUAAUUAUUCUAAUUAUUCUAAUUAUUCUAAUUAUUCUAAUUAUUCUAAUUAUUCUAAUUAUUCUAAUUAUUCUAAUUAUUCUAAUUAUUCUAAUUAUUCUAAUUAUUCUAAUUAUUCUAAUUAUUCUAAUUAUUCUAAUUAUUCUAAUUAUUCUAAUUAUUCUAAUUAUUCUAAUUAUUCUAAUUAUUCUAAUUAUUCUAAUUAUUCUAAUUAUUCUAAUUAUUCUAAUUAUUCUAAUUAUUCUAAUUAUUAAUUAUUCUAAUUAUUCUAAUUAUUCUAAUUAUUAAUUAUUCUAAUUAUUCUAAAAUCUAAUUAUUCAAUUAUUCUAAUUUAAUUCUAAUUAUUCUAAUUAUUCUCAUUAUUCUCAUUAUUCUCAUUAUUCUAAUUAUUCAUUAUUCUAAUUAUUCUCAUUAUUCUCAUUAUUCUAAUUAUUCUAAUUAUUCUAAUUAUUCUAAUUAUUCUAAUUAUUCUAAUUAUUCUAAUUAUUCUAAUUAUUCUAAUUAUUCUAAUUAUUCUAAUUAUUCUAAUUAUUCAUUUACCCUUGAAAAUGUUUCGACAAGAAACCAAACAUGCAGGAAUUUAAAGAAGCUCAUCCCUAACUCACAGAUUUUCCCGCCAAGCCUUUUUUUCCUAAUUUAACCAGCCAAUUUAAACAGACACACUAAAUCAAAGCCCAAAAUCUUAUCUUUUCUUUCUACCUACACUGUCUCUAAAUUUACUUUGUAGUGUUCGUAGAAGGUAAUUCUAAUUCUAAGAAAACCUUCAUUUAGCGGAGCUGAUAAAGAAAUAACCAUUCUUAACAUCAAUUAUUUUUGAGCUGCUUCUUUAUAAAAUUGGAAUUAUAAAGAGUAUUUUAAUUCCGUGAAGUUUUCCGAUUAAAUUAAGAAAAACAAUGCUUCACAUCUGGUGCAAGCUGCCUUUUAUCUAUUGCUGCGUCUUUGACGGGAAAAAAAAUGGAGACAAACGUCAGGAACAAGCUCUCAGAGAUCAUAAUUUGCAUUAAACUCUGUCUCGUGCAAAAGGGUUUUAUAAGAUGCCGUAUAUCCGCAACUCUCAAGCUGGGAGAAUCAAAUAUUAGUGUAACGAUACCUUUUAACAGCAACCUUUGCAUAUCUUGGCCAUGAUGAAGUGGAUGAUGAAUAGACCUGAGUCCGGAAAAAUUUUCAAAACUCUAUUAACAUGUUGUGUGCUGGGUAAGUACGACGCUAGUUAUUCCUGUUUGUUGUGCGGUAGCUAUCAAAUUGCGUGAUGAGUACAACUGAAUCCCACAAAGAGAGCAAAACCUUUUUUAAAAGUUGUGCAAUAGUAUAGUAACCACCUAAUUAUAUGUUGAUUUUCCUUUUGCAAAACAUUUAUAUCGAUUUUUGAACGUCCUGUGAAGUUUGGCCGAAAGAAAAUGUCAGUUGGCGGAUAUUGGUACUGUUGAUUAAAACAAAACAAACCAGAUUCUAAAGGUGCAUUAAACUCUUAGUUCGUAAUCGGAGAAGGAUCUCUUACAAAUUGGAUUCCUGAAGCCUUUUAGAUUUCAUAUAGUGCAAAGCAAUUUAAGAUCAAAAAGCACAGGCGAGACAUUCAUGCUGUGGUCAUGUUGUUUGCGUCAUAGUUGUCUGCACAACAGCUUUAGCAGCCAUAUUUAGGAUAACAGGAACACGAUAACUUAGUUGCUAUCGUUUUAUACCACUAUGACACGAUGUGAAAAGGAAAAAACGUGUCGACUUCAGAUAGUUGCUGAACGUUGAACGUGCUUAGACAAGAGAUCGAACUUAAUCAUCAGGGUCCACUUAAACUGGCGUUAGAUGCAAAGUUUAACAUUCGAUCCGGUAUUUGGAAAAAAAUGGUUCAAUUGCUGUACUUUUUCCUUUCUUAUCGCAAAUUAAAACACCAUUAAUAUCCAUGAAUUUCGAUAGCUGCUUUUCUGAAUGAGCUGAGGGGUUAAAGUGACGUGCACUCAGAGUCAAAUAAUUCAAACAACCCUUGAAAUUGAUUAUUUUUACGAAUUAAAAUUCAGUAAUUGAACUCCUUACAGCCGCAUGGAGAUUCUUUCUUAAUUUAAGUAUAGCUCAAAUAAUAAAUAAAUUAUUAGUCAUGUUUAAUGGAUCACCCCGAAAUGAUACGAUGGUGUUCCUCAUUCCAGGGUCAUGUUCAAUGAAUUCCAGCCUAAAGCUUUUCUGAGAGCCUUUGGAUGAGGCACUAUUCAGAUGCCCAAACUGUUAGAGCUUUCAAAUUGUUGUUCAGUCAUUAACACUCGGAGUAGAUGAUUGCCAAAUGCUCGCCGAGUUGGACGUCAUGGACAAUUAAAACGUACUUCUCUUUUAAAUUAUUCUCCUUUGUAAAGCAAACUUUAUACUUAUCUCAUUGCUCUUCUUUUAUAAAAAAAUAUAUGGUGGAGGUUCCGCGGUCUGCUGAUCCAUAGUUUAGUAACUCCCAAGAAUAUGGAAAAAUCCUCACUAAAUUUUGGAGACCAGCCCCUCAAGAUUGAAAUUGAGCAGAAUUUUUAUUUGAGCGGUCAGAAUCGAUACCUGAUUAAUUCGCUUAAUAAAGCAUCGUCCGUUUCGAAUUGUUGCGAGCUAAAACAAGGCUUUUUUUUUUUUAAUAGCGCACCUUUUCAAUGUUAUAUAGUUUGGUUGCACUCCGAAUAGCCCGUGUAAAAAAGUUUUUCGAAGGACAUUCACGAAGGUCAACCGUAUACUUAAAAAUGUUUUCUACAUGUAAAAAGUUUUGUUCAGCUGGUUGAUAAAUUGUGGAGAUGCUGCAUUUUUUAAAAUUUAUCCGUCUACACCCUUGGGAAGGUAAUGAAAGUCAUGGGUAGAUGCCAAAGGGUAUGUAACAAAUAAUCUGCAUUAGUACUAGUCUAACUCGAGAUCUAAUACACUCUUUCAUUGUUUCAAAUGUUAUUCUUGAGAUAAUAAUCAAUUCAUUUGCUCGUUUUCUCUUCUGCAGCCAUCUUUCAUUUGUUGGUGGAUUUGCCCGGAACAGGUGAGGCAGUUUAAUUCCAAUUUUAUUAUUUAUGUAUCUUAAAGUGAACGGGAAAAAAAUGAUAAUAUCUGACUGACUAUCACAAUAAUUGGUCAUAAACUUCCUACAGUCAUCCUUCAUUUGUUGAUGGAGAUGCCAGGAACGGGUCAGGCAGUGUAAUUCUGAUUUUAACAUUUAUGCACCUUAAAAUGAACUGAAGAUGAAAAAAGAUAAUAUCUGAUUGAUUAUCAUAAUAAUUAAAAAAAUGUGCGGUGAACAUAAGAAACUGACCAUCCUGCAUCUAAUUCGAAUAUUGCGAGCACUUCGAUCGACCUAGCAACAACUAUUCUGCACCGAGGUUAGUAAGGGUUGCCUCAGUUCUCAUAAUUAUGUUACCACGGGGCGUAGAUACAUUCUUUUGUUUUAAAAAUAGUCAAAACUGAGUUGGAGUUUAAUUGAUAUUCUGCUCACCGAAAAGAUAAACAUAGACAUGCGAAGCAUGCAAGAACUAUUAUUUUGGUUAGGAGGGUUGAGAUGGGACACUUGGUGUUCCUAACGCUUUCAGUUUUAUAACGGAAAAAAGCAUAACUUUUAAAAUAGCGAAAAUAUCGCAUUACUUCACCUAAAAAGAAAGAAAACAAAACCUAAAUUAUCUGAACUUAUACUAUUUGUGGUCUAUUGUCUCUGUUGUCUAAAAACCCUCUAAGGAAAAAUAUAAUGCAUCGGUGCCACGCUUAUCGUUGUUGUUUGGUCUCGUCACACAAAUAACGGUCGAGAAAGAGACAACGUUUACUGCUGUUCCUAAGACAGCAAGAAGAUCAACAUUAUUCGUCUACAGUUAGUUACCUCAAAAAAGAAUCCUCGUUUUACCGCCAAAAGCGAAACGAAACUCUGUAAUAUUUCCAAUAGGCCCUAGCCAAAGAUAGAUUGCGAUCUCGAAUAAGUGAAGAUAUAUUGAAUAGGAGAUGAGGAAAGUAUUUUAAAGACGGCUCCUUGGUUCGUUGUUGCCUAUCUGGACUUUGCCACCUAAAUUAAAAUGCGAUGGAAUUAAGCCCAAAGUAGCUAAAAGCGACUUUUAUUCUCACGAAAAGUCAUAACGUGGGAGAAUUACGUACAUAAUUCACUAUCAGUAGCAUUCAGUUUCAUGUGAAUUUUUUGGUAUUGGAUAAUGCGGUUCGAAUAAGUGAUAAAAUGCAAGUUGUUUACGAGGAAAUAACUCGUGAUGGAGAAAAGUCUAAUGAGGCAUAAUGGAAUUUGAUCGGUGGAAUACAAUUCAAACAACAGAAUACAGAACAAGCUGUUAAAAUAUUGUCUUUCAGCUACUAGGGAAAACUCUUCAGAAGAUAUUUCAUUCUCUACUCAUUUGGCGUCUAGUGUCCAAAAAAAUCCCCAAACUUUAUCGGAACAUCAAUCACAGAAGACGUGUGCGAACGACUUAGAUAAUACAAAGGAAACAAGAAAAGUGCUCUGUUUAACCAACAAAACAUCGAGUGCAUUUGAGAGAUUUCAUCGUUCUCAGCAGCCGUUUUGUUGGUAUGCUUUCUGCCUGCAUUUUUGCUCUCACAGUGUAAAAUUAAGGCAAUUUUGGUUCAUGAUAUGGUCUUAGGCUUUAUUUUUCUUUAAAGAUUCAUCAAUAUCUGCAUCACCCUUACCAUCGUCGUCACCGUCCCCCUCACCAUCACUGUCGCUAUCGCUAUUGCCGUUACCAUCACCUACGCCAUUGCAAUCGCUGUCACCAUCGCUCAUGCCAUCGCCAUCGCCAUCGCCAUCGCUAUCACCAUCACACUCGCCAUCCCCCUCGCCAUCGCAAUCACCCUCGCCAUCGCCCUCGCCAUCGCCCUCGCCAUCGCCCUCGCCAUCGCCCUCGCCAUCGCCCUCGCCAUCGCCCUCGCCAUCGCCCUCGCCAUCGCCCUCGCCAUCGCCCUCGCCAUCGCCCUCGCCCUCGCCCUCGCCAUCGCCCUCGCCAUCGCCCUCGCCAUCGCCAUCGCCAUCGCCCCCGCCAUCACCAUUGCCAUCGCCCUCGCCAACGCCAUGGCCACCGCCAUCGCCAUUGCCCUCUGCCUCGUUCUCGUUCUCGCUCUCUCCAUUGCAAUUGUAUUCGUUGUCGCCAUCCACGUCGCUAUCGCCAUCACCAUUGUCAUCACCAUCGCCCUCACCAUCGCCAUCGCUCUCGCCCUCGCCCUCGCCCUCGCCCUCGCCCUUGCCCUCGCCAUUGUUAUCCACACUGCCAUCGCCAUCGCCAUCGCCAUCGCCAUCGCCAUCGCCAUCGCCAUCGCCAUCGCCAUCGCCAUCGCCAUCGCCAUCGCCAUCGCCAUCGCCAUCGCCAUCGCCAUCGCCAUCGCCAUCGCCAUCGCCAUCGCCAUCGCCAUCGCCAUCGCCAUCGCCAUCGCCAUCGCCAUCGCCAUCGCCAUCGCCAUCGCCAUCGCCAUCGCCAUCGCCCUCGCCCUCGCCCUCGCCCUCGCCCUCGCCCUCGCCCUCGCCCUCGCCCUCGCCCUCGCCCUCGCCCUCGCCCUCGCCCUCGCCCUCGCCCUCGCCCUCGCCCCCCCUCGCCCUCGCCCUCGCCCUCGCCCUCGCCCUCGCCCUCGCCCUCCCCCUCGCCCUCGCCCUCGCCCUCGCCCUCGCCCUCGCCCUCGUCCUCGCCCUCCGUCGUCCUCGUCGCCGUCGCCGUCGCCAUCGACAUUCGCCCUCGUCGCCGUCGUCCUCGUCGCCGUCGCCGUCGCCAUCGCCAUUGCCAUCGACAUUGACGUUGCCAUCGCCAUCGCCGUCGCCAUCGACAUUGCCAUCGACAUUGACAUUGCCAUCGCCGUCGCCGUCGCCAUCGACAUUGCCAUCGACAAUGAAAGAAACAAUGAAGAAACAGUUUGCAGCUGCAAUCAUUUGACGCAUUUUGCCGUCUUAAUGAACUACGACGGUAGCACAAAGGUAAUCAAAAGCCAAAAUAAUUUAACUAACAUUUAACUAACUCAAUGUUCUUAUUUAAAUUUUUUCUUUUUGACACAGCUCGCCGAAGAGGACGAAACAGCUCUGA